AUGAAAGGCAAUAGCUUAAGAAAUAAAAUUGGAUUUUUUCAUACGCUGCUAAUAUUUUUAAGCGUCGAAGAUAUCAAUGGAUUACUAUUUUUUCAUGAACAUUCCUAUAUCGAGCUAUAUUCGCCGGAUCAAAACGGCGAUUUCGGUUUUUCCAUUGCUUAUCAAGCUAACCUAAAAAGUUUAGUUAUUGGUGCACCUCAUAGUGGCUUAGAUGGAAAAGUGUACACGUGCCCCUUAGACGAAGCUGUAAAACAAAAGAAGUUUUCAUGCAACAGUAUUAAUAUAGACAUAGAUAAACUAGCUGGCAACUACAGUAGACACGAUAGCAUAGACCAAGAAUUUUGUCUUGGAGCUUCUAUAUCUGCCACACCAGAGUAUAUUUUUACAUGUGCACCGUUAUGGACGUCGGAUUUUGUAGAUGGAAAUAAGACGAAAUUUGGUGCACUUGGUACAUGUUUUAUAACUAAUGGCACGUACGCAAGCCGAUAUAAUGGAUUAUUCGAACAGUAUGUACAACAAACAUCCAAAAGGCCUAAAAUUGAUAACAUAUAUGGAGGCAUCGGUUGGAAUACUCUGUAUGAUCCAGUCAACAAGUUGAUCCUCAUUGCCAAACCCUCUCUUACUAGCAGUAUAAGCGUGAUGAAUACGAGCGACCCGUUAAAACCCACAAAGGCUGUGGACUUGGGCGAUGACUUCAUUGCGUAUUAUUUUCUAGGUAUACUUAUUGGCUUCUUACACUAUGAUACUAGUAAGAAUGAAAUGAAAAUACUACAAGGUAGAUCGAAACCGAUUAUAAUAGAAGAUGAUUCAAUGAAUUCAAUGUAUGGUGCGUCACUCCAUAGCGUUGAUUUAAACGGCGAUGGUUAUUCAGAAUUGUUGGUCGGUGCGCCAGCGCAGACAAACGACGUGGUUAUGUAUGAACAUGGUGCUGUACAUUUCUAUUUAGGAGGAAGAAAGGUAUUUAUGUUCUUUCUUUAUGAUGUUAUCGAAAAACUAGUAGUAGUAGUUAUAAAUGAAUUUGCAUUAUUACAGUCCACUUUUAAAAGCAAUUACUACCUGUGUGUGCAUGGGGUUGAAGACGGUUCACGUUUCGGAACAGCUAUUGGUUCUAGUGAUAUUGAUGGAGAUGGUUUACCAGAAAUAUUUAUAAGUGCGCCCUACGAAAAAUCAGGGAAAGGAUCUGUUUACAUACUAUCCGGUUUUAUGAUCACGAAGUUGUUACAAAAUAAAGCAAUCAAAUCAAUUAAGGUUACCGAGUUAACGGAUAUGCAGAAGAUUAGUAAUGUACCCUACAAAUCAUUCGGGUUUAGCAUCCUGCCUGUUAUAGAUUUUCACGAAAAUGGCGGAAAAUGUAAGAUGAGCUUUUUUUUGUUUAUAAAAUUAUACUGCUGA